CUCCGCCGAACAAGCCAUCUGUAAACGUUUUACCAUCUAGAUAAGUACCUACCUAGAUAGGUAUCUACCUGUCUAUACCUCUCCAUGGAUGUAUACCUCGUCAGUACCCCCCUUCCCAGCGUGGGAGGCUGUGCUACCUUAUUUACUCCGGCCUGCAAGAUCUCCAUACUUGUAGCGAGGCAAGCGUCCCAGAAAGACACAAUCCUAGCCUCCUGUAGCGAAUACCGGAUAAGAGCAGACAUGCAUGGAUGAGAAGCACGUAUUUUGGGGCCUGAUCUCUCGAUACGCCGUGGAAUGAAAGUGUAAACACACAUAGGAGCAAUGAAUAUUUCCAAUGCACCCUCUGCAACCACCAGAAGGGAAUUGUACUGGUGGUGGUGGUACCUAUGGAUGAAUGUAAGUAGCUACAAUGCGGGUUCGGCGCCGUGGUUCGUCACGCAGGCCGGAUCUUGCCCACAGACACAUCCAGACUUGCAUGGCGGUCGUGUUUGAUAUCCUGGCAUGAGCUCAGACCGGGGGCGACGGAUGCAACAAACGGAUCAAGCGCAUCUGUUUCGAUCCCAAG